AAAGGAGUGAGAAGAGUUGGGUUUACGUGCUACUGGAAAGCGAGCUGGAAGAGUUGUUCUCUGGAUAUCUGCGGAUAAAAAAAAAUCAAUAAAAUGAAGGCUAUCAGUCCCGUCCGCUCCGUAAGAAGCUGCUACGAGGCGGUUUGCUGCGUUUCCGAGCAGAGUCUGUCCAUCAGCCGCAGCCGGAGCCCCUGCGAGCUGUCGGACAUGAACGACUGCUACUCGAAACUGAAGGAGCUGGUGCCCAGCAUCCCGCAGGACAAGUCGGUUAGCCAAGUGGAGAUCCUCCAGCAUGUGAUCGACUACAUCUUCGACCUCCAGAUCGCGCUGGAAAACGAGGAGGAUACGGUGAAAAACUCGGCGGACGUGCUGAGGGCUCUGCAGAGCUCCGAGAUAACGUUCCCCAAAGAAGACGGAACUCUCUGUCACUAAGGCAACCGAACAGCGCGCUCGCGCCUUCCAACGGUGCAGGAUGGCAACUUCUCCACUCAUGGACGAGAGAGAGAGACAGAAAGAGAUGGAGGAGGGAGGUAGGAAGGGAGUGAAGGGGGUUGGACACGUACGAGGAGUGUCUCCAUUCAGACUGUGGGAAAAGAACCUGCACCCCGCUGAAACCAUCCAGUCUUUGGUCACUGGACACUUCAACACACCAAAGCUGAAGACUUCUGGAGUUUGGAGGGGAAACGCUCUUCCACAGACUCUCUUUUCUUUUUCUUUUUAAAUCAUUCCCCUUUUUUGUGAUGCUACAAUCAAGCAUUGUGCAUUCCUGGUUACAUUCCAAACCAUUCAGACUCACUUCGCUCUUUCUUCAGUCCCUACCUACUCAUUCAGGCUGUCAGUUUUUUUCUCUUUCUCUUUCUCCCACACACU